CUGGGGUAAAAAUAUACACCUAGCAUGCAAUACUUCCCAUCAAUGUGAUUAACACUUUUUACUCUUCCUUCUCCUCACACCAAAUGCUGAUCGCGUAUCACAAGCAAUGUCAACAAUGAUGACGGCAUCCACUAUGCCGUCAAAUGGAUUGUACGAUGCUCGUGCUACGAUUAUCAUUAUUGGAAUGAAAGGGGCAGGAAAGACGACGAUCGGUUUGAUGGCAAAUAGAUCGAUGGGUCGUACAUUUAUCGAUAUGGAUUAUAGAUUCAGAAUAAGCGAGGACACAUCCGUUGAAGCAUACGUUGCUGCACAUGGAUGGAACGCUUUCAGAGCAAGAGAAACUGUUCUUCUCAAAGAAUUACUCGUUCAACAUCCGUUUGAUGCAGUAAUCGCUUGUGGUGGUGGAAUCAUUGAAUCAAGCGAAUCAAGAAGAGUUUUGAAAUCAGUCUUGCAUACUAUGCCGGUCAUUCGUGUCCUACGUGAAGAAAGCGCUGUUCGACAAUACAUUGAUGGAAGAUGGCUCAGACAAUACGAUGAAGAUUUGGGUGCAAUGAUGAGAAGAAGGACUUUGUUGUACCGGGAUUGUUGCUCGCAUACAUUCUACAAUCUCUCAUGCGGCUUAGAUGCGUCUUCAAGGGAGCCAUCACGCAGUACAGAUCGAGUAAAUUUCUUCUCAGCAUCUUCCAAUACAACAGAUCCUCUCAAAUUCAAGCAAGUUGGCAAUUCGUUCGAACGACUUUUACGUGCGAUUCUCGGUGAUUCCUUCAAAAGUGCAAAUCAAUCGCAAAAUUUUGCAGAUCCAGAAUUAGGCGCAAAUAGCAUCGCAAGGCCUUCACGUCAAUCAUCUGCUCCUUUGGACUUGCCAGGAUCACCUAUUAGCGGUCAAAAUACUCCACCGGUGUUUCGAAAUAGUCUUUCAAACUUACUCGCCCCUCAUGGACCUGGUCCAGGGCCACUACAUGAGACAGCAUUCAAUGAGCACAGGCUAUCGUCACCUUUGCAUAAUGGGUCCAAGAUGCAGUCAAAGCAAGCAAUGAGCAAAAGCAGUAGUGGAAAGAAUGGAACAUCAUCAACAAGAAGGAAAGGCAUUGCAGUUUUGCCAGGUCGUGCCAAUGUGUUAGAGCGGUCAAGUCUUUUGACCAGGCGGACAACAGCCAUGUCAUUAACAUUUGCCGACUUAACGAGUAUAAGCGCAGACAUGUUACGAAAUAUCACACAAGGUGUAGAUGCGCUAGAAUUGCGUGUGGACAUGUUGGAUUGUUUGAGGCCGGCCACUGCCACUGCACGUUCGCUAGAUAUCGAAGCAGAGCCAAAGAUUGAUUUUGAAGAAGUGGCAAGACAACUUGAAACUUUGCGAAAGAUGACGCCUGAUAUUCCAAUCUUGUUUACCGUUCGUUCGGAUCGAGAAGGAGGCUUCUUUCAUGAUGACAGGAAGCUAUCUCAACGUGAUACGCGCUCGCCCCACUCGCAGGCAAUAUACUUCCAGUUGCUGCAAUUGGCUAUCGGGAUGGGCAUAGAGAUGCUUGACGUCGAAUUAGGUUGGGAUCCUUGGAUGACGAAGAAGCUGGUCGAAUCACGCGGACGGACAAAGAUUGUUCCGAGUUACCACGAUCUCAUGGGUGCACUGAAGUGGGAUUCAAACGUAGCCCGUCAAUUAUACGAUCGGGCUUGCUCAUUUGGAAAUGGUGUGCACGUAGUCAUGAUGAUCGGCACAACAACACGAUCAAAUAUCGAGCAAAAUCAACACAUUGGCUCUUUCUCCGCUCGAAUUCUCUCUGCUGCCGGUGCCGAUCCGUCGGGACGGAUGCCACCGCUUAUGGCUCUCAAUAUGGGCAUGGCAGGUCGUUCAUCUAGACCAUUCAAUGAUGUAUUGAACUUUGUCAGUCAUCCUGCCAUGCCGAUGAAAGCUGGUAAAGGUCAAUUGUCUCUCAAAGAGAUGAUGGAAACAUUGGUCAGAUUGAGUAUGAUCCGUACUUCUCACUUUCAUCUUUACGGUGCAGUUCAUGAAGCAGCUCAAUUGGUCAAAGAGGCAAUCAGUGCAGCAUUUGAUGAAUUCGGUUUGCCAUUCCAAUUGCUGGAAGAGGGUACCUGGAGUUUAGCUGAAUACAUCGAAGCUCACCAAAAUGACGAUAUGGGCGAUCGGCAAGAAGAAGAAAAUACAAUGGUCAAUUCGAUGAGCGAUGGUCUUUAUAUUGCCGAUCACGCACAUCGACAAACGGAGCUAUUCGAAAUCAUGUCAAGAAGAUGUCCUGAGCGUAUCUCUAAAAUUGGUAGGAUCGUACAGGCAGUUGAUGUGAUGGCAAGACAAGACAUUGGAUUGCUUAUGCUUGGUACGGAAAGAGGCAGACGAGUGCCAAACGCAUUGGGUGAAAUGCGUGGCCCUUUGGUGGGUUGUCAUACAUUACCUGCUGCGAUCGAACGUACUUUGCUAGCACACUUGGCGCCGAUCAAUGUACCGAAUGCUCAUAGAAGUGGAUUGAUUGUCAUCUUGAAUGAUGAAGAGGAGCCAAAUGAGAAAGGAGAUACGGAGAUGGGCGAAAAUGCGGAAAAGUAUCAAGCAACUACCAAUAUCGCCAAACGUGCAGCUUUGCAUGCCCUUUGCCAGAUGGGAUUGGGAACGGUGUAUGUGUUGGAACAAAGUGAUUCUCAUCAUGGGAACUUGUCCGAUGAUCCGCCUUACAGUCGAAGACAAAGUCUUGCUCCCGGAGCCUCCAGAGAUUCAAGUGCACCACCCCAUCCAACUUCAUCCAAAGCAUGGGCACAGGAGGUACUGCGUUUGAAUUAUAGCCAUGAAUCCCAAAGUGGCACUACUGCUGAAGCAAAUAAUGAUCUCCGUGUAGUGGUGCGAGAUAUCAGCCUGGCAAGUCUUGCCCAUUCUCCGACUAGAAGCGGGCAUGAAACACCAGAGAAUGGUACGGGAAAAAGGACGAGAAUGGAUAUGUUAUCCGAUUUACAACACGGCCAUGAAGAUGAAGAUGCUGAAACGAUGGCUGCGAUUUAUGAUUUUGAAAGACAUCCGUCCAAGAGGCCAUGUGCGAUUGUGGUGGUAGGAGGAAGUGAAGAAAGACAACGUGAAUGUUUGAGCACAUUGCCGAAAAGUUCUACUACCGCGCAAGCAAACGAAGAGGAUCAUUUGCGAAUCGUGCAAUACAACAAGAAACAUUUCAUCCUUCCACGCGAAUUAUGGCAAUCAUCUUUUGGAGGUACGAUUGUACGUAUCCCAUCCAAGAGAUCGGACAUCAUUGGAAGUAGACGAAAAGUCGAAGUUGAUGCACCAAAAGUGAGCGGCAAUAUACAUUUCCAAGAUGAUCAAACGGCUACGCUACAUAAUGGCUGGAUCAACGUAGAACCUUGGGUGAUCGAAAGGGAUCGUGUACAGAAAAAUGUGAUCGAAGCUUGGACUAGAAGAAGUGCGCCAAGUCAUUAUUUAUGUGGUAUAUGGGAUUCCUCUAAAGGGUGAACGAGAAGCAAAAAAGCUUUGUAGAAUAAUAAUGUUUACUAUGUAAUUGUGUGUGUGUAUUUAUUUAUUUGAUCUUUUCAUCAAUUUCU